AUGACAGACUCCAACACCCUCGUUUUCUACGACAUUUCCUCGCCUCAGGAACCUCGCUCAUACGCGCCAAAUCCUAGUAAAAGUCGGCUUGCUUUAAGCUUCAAGAACGUACCCUUCAAGACGACCUGGGUCGAGAUUCCGGAUAUUCCUGACGUCCGCAAAGGUCUGAACUGUCCUGCCACUCGCAAAUUCGAUGACGAGUCCGAUUACUACACACUGCCCAUGCUGCAGGAUCCAGCUUCAGGCAAAGUCAUUGGAGACUCAUUCGACAUUGCCAACUAUCUCGAGGACACAUUUCCCAAUUUAGGCGGUCUCCUGUUUCCUCAAGGCUCUACCCGCACUGGACUCGACUAUACAAGCCCAAUGAAAGACACAGCUUUCUUUGCACCACUGACCUCCAACAAAGGUUCCAAAAAUGAGGCCUACGCACGAUUCAACAUGCACGUCGAUGCGACCUUCUCGGCGCACGUACUGCUUGUCGCUCAGUACAUGCCCUUUAAUCCAGACACAGCAGAAGCCGCAAAAGCACUCUUCGUGCAGCGGGCGCAUUUGAACUCCUGGGAUGAUCUCUCCGUUCAAGGCGAGGCAAGAGAGCAGGUUAGGGCGGCUUUCAAAGAGGCACUCACAUCAUUAGCCCAGCUGUUCCUGGUGCACGAGAGCGGACCAUAUCUUGAGGGGAAAGAGGCCAACUACGCCGACUUGAUCGUUGGAGGGUGGUUGAAUAUGAUGCACGCGACGAUGCCCAAAGACGAAUGGGAGGACUUCAGGGCAUGGCAUGGCGGGGUCUUCGGUACAUUGCAUGAUGCUUUGCAGAAAAACUACUUCGAAUGCAAGUAA